CCGCGGGGCGGGGGCGGCCGCGGAGGCGCCCCUUUUCUGCUCGCGCGGCCCGCCGAGUCCCGGGAGGAGGAAGAGGAGAGCCGCCGCUGCCGGGAUGAAGGCGUCGCUCGCGAUUGUGCUGGCCUCCUGCCUCUGCGUGCAGAGAGCUUUCUCGCUGGUGUGCUGGUCCUGCGAAGGAGCGGAGUCCAACUGGGGCUGCUGGAGGUGGCAGAUAUGUUCAAACUCUGACAACUAUUGUGCCACAACGUAUAUUGGAGCAUCGCUUGGUGGGUAUUCCAAGCAGUCCAUCAGCAAAGGCUGCGUCCCCAUCUGUCCGGCGUCAGGAGUCAACAUUGGCAUCAUGGCGGCGUCUGUAAAUUGCUGCUCCUCCUUCUUAUGCAACAUCAGCGGGGCUUCCAGCGUCAAAAGUAACCAACUGGUCUUGGCUGCCGGGAUGCUGGCCAGCCUCCUGUAUCUCUUUGGGCCCAGGCUGUGAUCCUGCAAGCGCCGCACGCAAAUGAGUUGGAGCCUGGACCUGCAUCACAGCCCCAAACACUGCAGAAUUCCUAUACUAAUAAUGGCAUUUUACAUGAUUGCAGUUAACCACAGCCUGGCACUUGACCAAACAUUGUAGACAGGAAGAUGAUUGGGGAAGGGGUGGGGCGGGGCAGGGGGAGAUUUUGCUUAGCCACUCCACUUUUUGAGGCUGCAGAAGUUGUGCACCUCCCCAUGAAAUAUCCCACAGGUCACCGAAACAGUCUUGUGCCAAAGGAAGUCAAAACUCUCCUGGACGAAAACAUUCCUAAUCCCCUGGGAGGGCUUUAAAUCAUUCUAGGGGCCUUAACAUUUUGCUUGCUCAAUGGAUCACCAGGAGGGACGCGAGGGAAAACAACACCCCAUGAGAUGGUUUCUUUUCUGUAAAGCUUUGCUAAAACCCCACUUUUUUGCCUGUUACGUUGACCUAAAACAGUAUAUCCACUUUGGACAAUGUUCAGAAGCUUGUUUCCUGUGCUUUCUGAACUUGAAUAAAUAUGUUUUGAUUCUUACCA